AUGCUCGGACGGAUAUGUAAGCCUCGUUUGGGAAAGCGAGGGGGGAGACCUGGAGUGCUGCCUUCUGUGUGCGUUGCAAUAGCGUCAACCGCGGUUUUGGCUGUGCUCUUUCUGGACUACAUCGAGUCAUGGGUCACAGCCGCCGGGAUGAGCAAGGGUUUGGAGCCACACACGGGCAUCAUAUCCCUGCAGAACGUGCCUCCUAUGCGUCCCGAGGAAUUCCUUCUGAUGCCCAGUCCGCUCGUGUGCCAACGCGCCAAGCCUUACAUCAUCACAAUGGUAACUUCUGCCCCUGCGAAUCAAAGAGCGAGGCAAGCCAUACGGGACACUUGGGGUGGCGAGGUGGAGGUGGAAGGUCUCCGGGUCAUGACUCUCUUCAUUGUGGGUGUGCCUUCAGACCCGGUGCUGGGGAAACUGCUCGUAGUGGAGGCCAGGGAGCGAGGAGAUCUAAUCCAGGGGCGCUUUCUGGACACGUACGCCAACCUCACCCUGAAAAGCUUGUCCAUGCUCGGGUGGGCGCGUCGCUUCUGCCCGCAAGCGCAUUUCAUGGUCAAAGCGGAUGAUGAUGUGUUUUUUAACCCACGCGCUCUGCUCCACUUUCUCAACAAAAGCAAGAGCCCAUACGAGCACGGGGACUUGUAUUUGGGCAGGGUGCACAUGCGUGUGGCCCCCAAUCGUAACCCGGCCAGUAAGCACUACCUCCCAGCAGGCGCGUUCUCCCAAUCCGUGUUCCCAGACUAUUGCAGCGGGACCGCGUAUGUUCUCUCCCGAUCUGCACUGCUCAAAAUCUCCCUCGCAGCCUCAGCCUUGUCCCUGUCCACACCUUUACCCCCUGAAGAUGUAUUUGUGGGUAUAUGUGCGCGGGCUGCCGGUGUCAUCCCCUCUCAUUGCGCUCUGUUCUCUGGAGGUCCUGGUGUCCCCUAUGGCAGAUGUUGCUAUCAGGCCAUGGUCUCGGUCCACAGGGUCCCUCCCCGGGACAUGCUGAGAUUCUGGGCAGACAUCCAGGCGGGCCCUGUCUGCUCCUGGUUGAGUGUUAGGGCUUCUUUAGGGCUCUGCAAAAUUAGGGCAAUGCUGGGGAUUGCCUUGGGACUUGAGCAGGGUCUGUAG